CAAGAAAAACGAGCACUGUGGCAUAUGAACCAGGCCCGGAUAUCUCGGUUCUACUUCAAGAGUUAAUCGUUGCGCUACAGAUAACCCAAAUUGAGAAAGAGGAACAUAAUCCAGAUUAUCAUCACAUGAAGGAACACGGUUCAUGCAAACUAAACGAUAGUGACAUACUAAUGAAAUUAAGUGGAAUCACUUUGACAUUGCUUUAA